AUACGUCUGCACCGCAAUGUUUUCGAAAAUCUUUGUUCGGAACCCGCCAUGCAGGAGUAAUGAAUGGAACACAGCCUAGUAAUGAGGAUCAUAGAUAGAUGAUCUUUUAACUACAAUAUACAAAUACAAAAAUAAACAGUUCCAAAUAUUAAGAAAUUCUAACCUAUAAAUUUUUAUGUAUUUGAAAGCUUGAGACAUGUAAAUCAAGAAAACGACAAGAAAAUAAAUACUCUUAUUAAAAAGACGAGUUUAGGAUUAAUUUAAAUAAAAAAGAAGUGAACGUCUUAUAAAAUUAUGCAGACAGACAUUUUAGAACAAUACAAAAGCAUUUCAAGUCGCUUAAAAAGGCGAUUUUUACGGAAACCAAAUGUGGCAGAUGCAAGUAAUUCAUUUUCAUCAUUAGCACAACAAUGUGAACAUUUGGAAUUACAGCCUUAUGCUGGUUUGUGUUGGAUUGCAGCAGCAAGGUGUGAAGGAUCAUUAGGUAAUGUACCAGGAGAGUUAUCACAUCUGGUAAGAUCUGCCCGUAACUUCCUAUCAGCUGAAUUGAAGAAUAGUAAACUAGGCUGUCCCAGUUCUUCUAAUGAAAAUCUGCAAGCAGCAAUAAGUUCCUAUGCCCAUACCAAUUCUAAAUACCCUGAGAGCAGUCUUUUAGGAGUGGGUUUAAAUUUGGAAAUAGUUCAGUCAUUGAACGAAUUAAAUUUCACGGAUUCUAAAGAUAUAUAUUUACAAAAUGCUCUUGAACUAUCUCAAAACUGCUUGGAUAGCAGAACAUUGUGUUUACUAUUAACUGCAGAGAAUUGUGCAGAAAAAGGUGAAUAUAUUGAAGCAUUAAAUACAUUUACAGAAAUCUCAAAUUUACUGGAAAAUUCACCUAGAAAUGGAUAUCGUAAGGAUAUUUUGCUAAAGUGUGAAAUAAAUAGGAUAAUUAUUCUGUUAAUUCUACGACCUACACCAAACAAGUUGGCUGCAGAUUCAGCAAAACUUUUAGAGAAAUAUAUUUGGGCCGAUAAAAUCGGAGAAAAUUUAAAAAAUUAUGGGAUGUCUGAGGACUUAUUUUUGUUACUACAAUCUCUUGUAUUAACAUGCCAGUCAUUAGAAACCAACAAUUUAGUUUACUUGGAAGGAGAUCUUUGGAAAUACUUUGAUAAAUUCCAAAAAGAAUUACUUCGAACACUUGUGCAAGUUUACUGUCAUUAAUUAGUAUUAUCGUUGCAAAUUUACUAAAAAACAAUGAUUUGUAGAUGUGAUAUUUUUUUUAUGUAUUAUUUAUAACAAUUUGUUUAUGUAAGUAAGUGUAAGUUUAAAUAGAAAUGAAAAAGGUUGCAAUGGAAUAAUUAGUUUUUGU